UCAAUUCAUGUGAUGCCACAUUGCCACAUAAAUAUAGAUUAUUCUCACUCUGUCUAUCACAACAAGACUCUUCAAUCUUUACCCGAGACUUGCACACCCAAACACCUGGCACAAACUCGAUUCGAGUUCUCACAAGCGAAGUCCAAAAGUACCCUAUUAGACGCUUGAUUGGUUAUGAACUGAGUUCAUUGGUUGCUGUUUGUCCUCCUGCCUAUAAUCUGGGUAAUUUGGGUGGUGUUAAUUGGACGAUAUCUAUUCCAUCAUGUUACCUAAGGCAUUGGACUAUGAGUCAUUGAAUGAAAAUGUGAAGAAGGUUCAAUAUGCUGUUCGAGGUGAGCUGUAUCUUCGAGCUUCUGAGCUUCAGAAGGAGGGAAAGAAGAUUAUUUUCACAAAUGUUGGUAACCCUCAUGCCCUAGGACAGAAGCCACUGACUUUCCCUCGUCAGGUGGUUGCUCUAUGCCAAGCUCCGUUUCUACUGGAUGAUCCUAAUGUUGGACUUGUAUUCCCUGCGGAUGCAAUUGCAAGAGCUAAACAUUAUCUUUCAUUGACUUCGGGGGGUCUAGGUGCUUACAGUGACUCAAGAGGCCUUCCUGGAGUAAGGAAGGAAGUAGCAGAGUUCAUUGAAAGGCGCGAUGGGUAUCGAAGUGAUCCAGAACUAAUAUUUCUCACCGAUGGUGCUAGCAAAGGAGUAAUGCAGAUCUUAAACACUAUUAUCCGUGGUGAACAAGACGGGAUAUUGGUGCCAGUUCCACAAUAUCCACUUUACUCAGCUGCAAUAUCUUUAUUUGGUGGUUCUCUUGUUCCGUAUUACCUGGAAGAGACAGCAAAUUGGGGUCUUGAUAUUAAUAACCUUCGAGAGUCAGUUGUACAAGCUCGCUUUAAAGGAAUAACUGUAAGAGCAAUGGUAAUUAUAAAUCCCGGAAAUCCUACUGGACAGUGUCUUAGUGAAGCUAAUUUGAAAGAAAUUUUACGGUUCUGUUACCAAGAAAACUUAGUCUUGCUCGGGGAUGAAGUAUAUCAGCAGAACAUUUACCAGGAUGAGCGCCCCUUCAUAAGCGCAAGAAAGGUUCUGUUGGACAUGGGCCCACCCAUAAGCAAGGUGGUCCAGCUUGUUUCUUUUCAUACUGUGUCCAAAGGAUAUUGGGGUGAAUGUGGACAGCGCGGUGGAUACUUUGAGAUGACUAACAUUCCUCCACAGACAGUAGAUGAAAUCUAUAAGGUGGCAUCAAUAUCACUCAGUCCAAAUGUCCCUGGGCAGAUAUUUUUAGGGCUAAUGGUCAACCCACCUAAACCAGGAGAUAUCUCUUACGAUCGGUUUGUUAGAGAGAGCAAAGGUAUCCUCGAGUCUCUGAGGAAGAGAGCACGAAUAAUGACCGAUGGAUUCAACAGCUGCAGAAACGUGGUUUGUAAUUUCACAGAAGGCGCCAUGUAUUCUUUCCCACAAAUACGCUUGCCACCAAAAGCGAUAGAGGCUGCCAAAAAGGCUGGAAAAGUUCCUGAUGUCUUCUAUUGUCUCAAGCUCUUGGAAGCCACGGGCAUCUCCACUGUCCCAGGUUCAGGAUUUGGGCAAAAAGAAGGGGUCUUCCACUUGAGAACAACCAUCUUACCGGCUGAGGAAGACAUGCCUGCGAUCAUGGCCAGUUUCAAGAAGUUCAACGACGAGUUCAUGGACCAAUAUGAAGACUACAGAGGCUAUUCGAGGAUGUAAGUGAUGUCUCUGAACUGUCUAAUUCGUACAAUUCUCUUCUGUUGGUGGGAAGCUAUUUGAUGUACACCUCUCAAACACUCAUCCUUUUUCUCUCCCAAUUUCUUUCUGUUGAAAAUUUGGUUCUUGUAUCCAACUGAUCACUUUAAUAGGUAUUACAGAGAUGACUUUUUACUUUUAACGAUGGAUGUGAAUGGAAUGCUAGAUGAAAAAAGUGAUUUAAGCAUGUACAAAGUUUAAAGAGGGAUU